UGGCUUGUGUUCCUUAACCUGCACACUCCGUUUGAGUACUUGAUCCUGGCCACCAUCAUCGCCAACUGCAUCGUACUGGCUCUGGAGCAGCACCUACCAGCCAAUGACAAGACCCCCAUGUCAGAACGUCUGGAUGACACAGAGCCCUACUUUAUUGGAAUAUUCUGUUUCGAGGCUGGCAUUAAGAUUAUCGCCUUGGGCUUUGCAUUUCACAAAGGCUCGUACCUCCGCAACGGCUGGAACGUAAUGGACUUUGUGGUCGUCCUCACUGGGAUCCUGGCCACGGUGGGCUCAGACUUUGACCUGAGGACUCUGCGAGCGGUGAGAGUACUGAGACCACUCAAACUGGUGUCUGGCAUCCCCAGUCUUCAGGUGGUAUUGAAGUCUAUCAUGAAGGCCAUGGUGCCUCUGCUCCAGAUAGGCAUGCUGCUCUUCUUCGCCAUACUCAUGUUUGCCAUCAUCGGAGUGGAGUUCUACAUGGGCAAGUUCCACUCCACCUGCUUCACUGUCGACACUGGUGAGCGAGCAGCAGCGUUCCCCUGUGGUACGGAGGCCCCAGCCAGGAUGUGUCCUAAUAGUACAGAGUGUACAGAGUACUGGAUCGGCCCCAACUACGGCAUCACCAACUUUGACAACAUCCUGUUUGCCGUGCUCACCGUCUUCCAGUGCAUCACCAUGGAGGGAUGGGUGGACAUCCUCUACAAUGCUAACGAUGCCUCGGGGAACACCUGGAACUGGCUCUACUUCAUCCCCUUGAUCAUCAUCGGAUCCUUCUUCAUGCUCAACUUGGUGCUGGGUGUCUUAUCAGGGGAGUUUGCCAAAGAAAGAGAGCGUGUGGAGAAGAGGCAGGACUUUCUAAAGCUGCGCAGACAGCAGCAGAUAGAGAGAGAGCUGACGGGAUACCUGGAGUGGAUAUGCAAGGCAGAGGAGGUGCUGCUGGCGGAGGAGGAUGAGAACGCAGAGGAGAAGUCCCCUCUGGAUGGUGCGUGGUACAAGAGGAAACAGAACCUCCCAGUGUUGAAACGAGGCAAGGUCAAGAAGAGGAAGAAUGACCUGAUUGGUGCUGAGGAGGGAGAGGAUCACUUCACUGACAUGUCCUCUGUUGCCCCCCCAGGCUCUCCGUUUGGCCGGGCCAGCGUGAAGAGCAGUAAGCUGGAGAGCUCGUCCUACUUCCGCCGCAAGGAGAGGAGAAUGCGUUUCUUCAUCCGUCGCAUGGUCAAAGCCCAGAGCUUCUACUGGAUAGUACUGUGUCUGGUGGGCCUCAACACACUGUGUGUGGCCAUCGUCCACUACGACCAGCCUGAGUGGCUCACCACUGCCCUCUACCUGGCAGAGUUUGUGUUCCUGGGUCUGUUCAUGUCUGAGAUGAGCCUGAAGAUGUACGGCCUGGGAGCCAGGAACUACUUCCAUUCCUCUUUCAACUGCUUCGACUUUGGUGUGAUAAUAGGGAGUAUACUUGAGGUGGUGUGGUCUAUGAUCAAACCAGGGGCAUCCUAUGGCAUUAGUGUGCUGAGGGCUCUUCGUCUGCUCAGGUUAUUCAAAUUUACCAAGUACUGGAACUCCCUGAGGAACCUGGUAGUGUCUCUUCUCAACUCAAUGAAGUCCAUUAUCAGCUUGCUCUUCCUCCUCUUCCUCUUCAUCGUUGUCUUUGCCCUGCUGGGCAUGCAGCUCUUCGGAGGACAGUUUAAUUUUGAAGAGGAGACGCCGACGACCAACUUCGACACUUUCCCGGCGGCCAUUCUCACCGUCUUCCAGAUUUUGACUGGCGAGGAUUGGAAUGCAGUGAUGUAUCAUGGUAUUGAGUCCCAGGGGGGCGUACGGCGGGGAAUGUUCUCCUCGGUCUACUUCAUCGUCCUCACACUCUUUGGAAACUACACGCUCCUGAACGUCUUCUUAGCUAUCGCCGUCGACAACCUCGCCAAUGCACAGGAGCUCACCAAGGAUGAGGAGAAGCAGGAGGAAGAAGCCAAUAAGAAGCUGGCCCUGCAGAAGGCCAUGGAGGUGAAGGAGGUCAGCCCCAUGUCAGCAGCCAACAUCUCUAUCGCUGCUUUUGUAAAGCAAAAUCGAGAUGCACUCUCUCGCAGCUCGUCCGUCUCCAGCGUGCAGUCACCUAAGGAGCAGCAGAGAGCCAAUAAGAUAAUGUCAGUGUGGGAGCAGCGCACCAACCAACUGCGUCGAAACAACCUGAGAGCUAGCUCCGAGGCUCUGUUCAACGAGCUGGAACCCGAGGAGCGUCUGCGUGUCUCCUCCGCCCUCCACCUGCGCUCCGACAUGAAGACCCACAAUGACCGCCCCCUAGUGGUGGAGCCAGGUAACGGGGACAAACCCCGACCCCCCGAGGAGGACAGAGACGGAGCAGGAGACGCCCACGGCCCACAGCCACGCAAGCACUACCGUCACCGGGAGAGGAUCGGGGAGAAUGGGGAGAGCAGGCAUCACACCCACCACAGCCGCAGUUGGGACCACUACCACCCAGACGGGCCCCGGUCCAAAGAGGUCAAGGGGGAGAGGAGCCAUAGUCGAGAGGGGGGGCAGGGCCACAGGCACCAUCACCAGGCUGGAUCCCCAGAGGAGGGGGUUAACGGAGGGGGAGAGGGAAGGGAAGACCGCCACCACCACUCCGACAGACAGGGGGACGGGGUUCUGGCUACCAGGGACAGACUGGAGAGCAGGGGCCACAGGGAGGAGAACGGAGAAAGGAGGAAGCACCGCUCACGCAUAGUCAGGGCCCAGUCAACACUGGAUGGAGACGAGUGCAGAGAGAACGGAGAGAGAAAUGGAGACAGGGACCAAGGACACAGGGACAGGCAGACCAACUCUCAAGGGGAGAGCUUGGCCACCAGUCCUGUGCAGCCUCCUGCAGGUCUGCAGGCUGGAGAGAAGCAAGAGGAUGCUGACAACCAGAAGAACAGCCACAGAGCCAGCCAGGCAGGCCUGAACAGCAACACUGUCCACAUCCCUGUCACCAUCACCGCCCCAUCCAGAGAGACCACCAUCAUACCCAUGGAUAACAUAGACUGUGAGAGCCUCCCCCUGAACGAGGAGAAGAAGGACUUGGAGCAGGAGCUGAAGAACGGCCCCAAACACAUUCUCCCCUACAGCUCCAUGUUUGUGUUUGGACAGACCAACCCGGUGCGUCGGCUGUGCCACUACGUGGUGAACCUGCGUUACUUUGAAAUGUGUAUACUGUCGGUCAUCACCAUGAGCAGCAUAGCCCUGGCUGCAGAGGACCCUGUGCAGGCCAAUGCACCACGCAACAACGUGCUCAAAUAUCUGGACUACGUCUUCACAGGAGUGUUCACCUUUGAGAUGGUGAUUAAGAUGAUAGACCUGGGACUGCUCCUCCAUCCUGGUUCUUACUUCCGGGACCUGUGGAACAUCCUGGACUUUAUUGUGGUCAGUGGAGCUCUGGUGGCGUUCGCCUGCUCAGGAACUAAAGGCAAGGACAUCAACACCAUCAAGUCUCUCAGGGUGCUGCGAGUUCUAAGGCCUCUGAAGACCAUCAAACGACUGCCAAAACUCAAGGCUGUGUUUGACUGUGUGGUCAACUCUCUGAAGAACGUGCUCAACAUCCUCAUUGUCUACAUGCUCUUCAUGUUCAUCUUCGCUGUGAUCGCUGUGCAGCUGUUCAAGGGCAAGUUCUUCUACUGCACCGACGAGUCUAAAGGUCUGGAGAAGGACUGCAGGGGUAAGUUUCUCGACUAUGACGGUGAUGAAGUGGCGGCCCAGGAUCGUGAGUGGAGGAAGUAUGAGUUCCAUUAUGACAAUGUGCUGUGGGCCUUCCUCACCCUAUUCACCGUCUCCACCGGGGAGGGCUGGCCAAUGGUCCUAAAGCAUUCUGUGGAUGCCACCUAUGAGGAUGAGGGUCCCAGCCCAGGCUUUCGUAUGGAGACUUCUAUCUUCUAUGUGGUCUACUUUGUGGUCUUUCCCUUCUUCUUUGUCAACAUCUUCGUGGCUUUGAUCAUCAUCACCUUCCAGGAGCAGGGAGACAAGGCCAUGUCAGAGUGUAGUCUGGAGAAGAACGAGAGAGCUUGUAUCGACUUUGUCAUCAACGCCAAGCCUCUGACGCGCUACAUGCCAGCAGACAAGCAGUCGUUCCAGUAUAAGAUGUGGCAGUUUGUGGUGUCGCCGCCCUUUGAGUACUCCAUCAUGACCAUGAUCGCACUCAACACUGUGGUGCUGAUGAUGAAGUUUCACGGUGCUCCGGAGCUGUAUGAGGCCAUGCUGAAGUACCUGAACAUUGUGUUCACAGCUCUCUUCACACUAGAGUGCAUCCUCAAGAUCAUCGCUUUCGGACCACUGAAUUACCUGAAGGAAGCUUGGAACGUGUUUGACUUUGUGACAGUAUUGGGGAGUAUCACAGACAUCUUGGUCACAGAGAUGAAGGACAAGCUGAUCAAUCUGAGUUUCCUGAGGCUGUUCAGGGCGGCCAGGCUCAUCAAGCUGCUGAGGCAGGGCUACACCAUUCGCAUCCUGCUAUGGACCUUUGUCCAGUCCUUCAAGGCCCUACCAUACGUCUGCCUCCUCAUCGCUAUGCUCUUCUUCAUCUACGCCAUCAUCGGCAUGCAGGUGUUUGGAAACAUUGAGCUGAAUGAGGAAUCAGCCAUCAAUCACCACAACAACUUCCAGACCUUCUUCCAGGCUCUGAUGCUUCUGUUCAGGAGUGCAACAGGUGAGGCGUGGCAUGAGAUCAUGCUGUCGUGUCUGAGUAACCGUCCAUGUGAUAAGCUGUCAGGGUCCGGAGGGAAGGAGUGCGGCAGUGACUUUGCUUAUUUCUACUUUGUCUCCUUCAUCUUCCUCUGCUCCUUUCUGAUGCUCAAUCUGUUUGUGGCGGUCAUCAUGGACAACUUUGAGUACCUGACCAGAGACGCCUCUAUCCUGGGGCCUCACCACCUGGACGAAUUCAUCCGUGUUUGGGCCGAGUACGACCCUGCUGCCUGUGGCCGUAUGACCUACCUCGAUAUGUACGAGAUGCUCCGUCACAUGUCCCCUCCACUAGGUUUGGGAAAGAAAUGCCCGCCCAGAAUCGCCUACAAGCGAUUGGUUAAGAUGAACAUGCCCAUUGCCGAUGACAACACGGUGCACUUCACGUCCACUCUGAUGGCGCUCAUCCGCACUGCUCUGGAGAUCAAACUGGCGUCUGGAGUCCUGGCCCAGCGUCUGUGUGACGCUGACCUGAGGAAAGAUAUCUCCAGAGUCUGGCCCAACCUGCCUCAGAAGACUAUCGACCUGCUGGUCACACCAUAUAAAAAUGAUGAGUUCAAUGAGCUUCUUUGCCCCUUUGCGGUUGUAAACCGAGAGCUGACAGUGGGGAAGGUCUACGCUGCCCUCAUGAUCUUUGACUACUACAAGCAGAACCGGGCCAAGAGACUGGAACAGCAACUGGGACUGGACUUCACAGGGACAAUUAAGAAUAAAAAGGGCCCAGCCUUCUUCCGCCACAUGCCCAUGACCCAUAUGCAGGAGGAGGGGACAACAGUCUCCAGAGCCAAUCCCCUGCCAUCCUCCCAACCUGAACCAGAGUCUCAGCCAGAGCCCAUGCCAUCCACCACCUCUCUAACCAAUGGGGAAGCAGUACCAAGCACUAGAAGUCCCAUAAAAGAGUCAGGAGAGCAACUGUCUGAGGAGGGCCAGCGGUCCAGCAGUAGAAAAAGGAUUCUACAGAGGGGCCAGUCAGAGGACGUGCCCUACUCCAACAAACCUCAGGAAUCAGUGGAGAUGAGGCAGGUGGAGAACGGUGCUGAUAUAGGGGGCUACUCUGGUCUGGAUGGCCAUGGCAGAGCAGCCUCCAUGCCAAGACUGGACUCCCAGUACUAUCGGAACCACCCUCGUCACCUACCUGGGACCUACCUGGCACCUAUUGCUGACAUCAGUCCUAUCAGGCGGUCGGCGUCCACGUUGGCUUCCCAGUGCCCCCAGGAGAUGAGUCUGAGAGACUACACCCUGGAGCGGCCCAGCCAGGCCCAAGCCCAGGCCUCCUCGGCCCCAGGUCAAGCCCAGGACAGGCCCCAUCACCAUCACCACCACCGCUGUCACAGACGCAGGGACAAGGACAGGGACAAGAAGCAGAAGUCACUUGACAGGGCAACCAGCGUUCAGCCUUCUAGUACAGCAUGUUCGUCUGUUGACCCUCCUGUGGAGGGCUUGACCAGGGAGCGGGCGAGGGAGCAUGACCGUGGCCGGCCUCAUGAGAGGAGGCACCAAUCUGCAGCCGGGGAGACGAAGCGUUACUACUCCUGUGAGCGCUACGUAGGCAGGGAGCACUGCCACACCAAGUCAGCUGGCCCCAGCCGCUCCACCUCCCCUGGAGAGACCCACGACCUAGGCCUCUUCAAGCAGAGAAUCGGGAUGAGUAAAGGCAGCCAAGUGGUCCUAACCUUUGGAUCUAGUCCAUCCUGCCGUGGGCGCAGACAGCUCCCCCAGACCCCCCUGACCCCCCGCCCCGCCGUGGCCUACAAGACUGGAAACUCCUUGCCCAUGCAGUUUGGUGCCACAGGGCAGCAGUCCUUUCUCAGUCGUGGACUCUCGGAGCGUGACGCCCUGCUGGAGUCACCCCCCAUACCCGUCACCCUCAUUGGCUCAGACCCAAACCUGAGCCCCUGUCUGCGGAACGCCCCUCCACGCAGACUCCCUGAGGAGCCUGACAACUUCCAGGAUGCUGUGAGCAACCAUGGAGGGAGCCACUCCCCUAGGAUCAUUGCCUCAGCCUCCCAUGGGGCUGCUGGGCCCUCUUCUGCACCUGCCCCACAGGGCCGGGGUGGGAUCCCAAACGGGUACCACUUCACUCUUGGGGUCAAUGCCGUUUCAAGCUCCAGCCCCAGAGGGACUGGGAGUUUCCGUGAGAAGGAAGAGGAUGACUGGUGCUAGUGUAGCAUAGUGUGGUUUAGCUAACAUCCCCCUCCACAUAUCUGGAAGCGUUUUAGCUUGAACGUUGAUGAACUCGCUCAUCUUUUGUACAGUACAGUACAUGACAGUACAGUUUUGUCAGUUCCUGUGUGCUCCUAGGUGGCCAAGGGUGAGAGGUAUGUUCCAAGAUGUGUAAAACAUUGAAAAGUACUCUGAAAAGGAAAAUCAUUCCCGUUUUUUGUGAUGUUUUCUCUUUUCUACACAAAGGACACUAAAGGACAAAGGACACCUGCUAUGACAUUUUCUCAAUUCCUUUCUUGCACUGAAAUUAAAGCUUAUUUCGAUAGUGUGCAUAGUCCAGAGGACAUGUGAAAUCCCUCUUGGAUAUUUUACCUUGGGUUUAUUAGGUGAAAAAAAAGCCAAAAUGUCUUCCUACUGUCUGUGGGGGAAAACAACUAAGACUUUAAACAGUGUUUCACUGCAGGAUUGAGCAGAAAAAUCUUUAUUUCACCCUAUAUUCCAAUUUUAAAAAUGGGCUACAUACUAUUGCUGUCUAAAGGACAAAACACACUGUGCUGUCUUACGGCUAAAAGCAGCUGGUGGCCUAUCGCCUCUGACCACAGACCAUCGGCCGCCAUUUUCUACACAAUGAAUAGCCAAUGUUCUUUGACACCCAGCAGGUGAUCUACUGCGUAUGGUGUGUUUCCUUUCAUGUGUCUGCUGGGUCUGGAAGUAAAAUGAGAGGAACCAGGAGACACAAGUGGUGAUAAAAAUGCAUUACCACUCAAAUCCCCUCCCCCUCUGCAGAAAAUCUAGUAUCUCUUUUACUCUUUUUACACAAGCUUUGGGCUUCUAUAGGUAUUACAGAAACAUACAUAUGGUUAAGUAGGUCUCGUAUUGCUGCUGUUUUUCCAUGUAACCCAUGACAUGUUGAACCAUUUCUCAACAACAAAAAAACACAGGACUGAAGAUUCUAAUAUAUUUUCUAUGGAAUAUCUUUUCAGGAUGUUCAUUAUUUAGUGAGUUGUACCUAGUGUAAAUGAUGAGUGUUGUUGGGUAGGUCAGCUGUUUCUAACGUAUUGCUCUAGUGGCUGAAUACCAAGUGCCUAUCAUUAAAGAUGUGUUAUUGUAAAGCUAUAAUGCAGCCUGACUUGUGAUGUAUCAACACUGGAGAGGAGAGGGUGGAACGUAUGAUAUGAGGUAUACAGUAUAUGAGGUAUAUAAUAACUGGUUAUGCAUAUAAGUAGACAUUUAUAUAGUUGAAAAGCAAAGAGAGGUUUACGUAAUUUAAGGACUACAGUAUGAAUUGCUGGUUUGGAAUGAACAAAGCCUUUUCUUUGAAUCUCCAAGGAGGGAAAGAUUUUUGGUAAUUAUGUACAAUAUGAUUAUAUAAGUAGGUCAGAACUACAGAUCCAAAGAAAGCAAUGAAAUGCAUGCCAGGGUCUUGAACUUGUCAAAGUUGCCUGUACUGUUGCUUAAGGGUGUAUACAGAGCUUUUGCCUUUCUCUUCCAAAAAUAUACAGCACUGCCAGAGUGAGAUGUAAGGAAAAGUGGUUCCAAGGGAAAAAGUGCCCUUUGUGAUUCCUUCCAACAAGGAAAGUUUCACUUUACGUGUUCUUAUCGAUAUCAACAAUAUAUUCAAAUGUAUGACUCCAAAUCUCUCAGAUAAAGUAGAGUAAAUGUACAGUUAAUGAAUUCUGCCACUUUUGCCAAUAUGUCAUGGGUUUGUUUUCCUCCAGAUAUAUUUCUCCUGAAAGCAGGGUCGUGUGAAGGGUUUCACUAACUGAUACAUAGCCUACAACCUUGUGUGUUCACAGGUAUUGAAGGGUUGUGUUGAGUGUUGACUCUUUCAAGUAGGGCUAUGCAACAAGAUGACACUUUGGGACGAAUUCUCAUCUGCGCUGUAGCUUUACCCUCUGGGGUCUCCAGGUUCAGGCUUUAGCAUGACUUUUUACCAAAUUUUACAUAGGAUUUAUUAACCAAGAUUUGUAAAAUGUAAAUGUAGUAUAUAAUGUACGUUGAAAAUGCAUUAAUGAAGGCACAAUGGUUAUAAAUUGAAUUAUGUCAAACAGGGCAUUUUGAGUUCAGCAAGUCGAUUUGCAUGUACUCUGAUAGAACCACCCAGAUGGACAAAUGUUUGUUUUUAUUGUACUAAAUCAGAAAUAGCAUUUAUUAUGUUUUCUAUAGUCAGAUAACUCGUGCAAUCUAUUUGAUGGAUCGUCAAAGGUGAAAUAUUAGACUUUGAAUUGAAGUUAUUAAAUGUGAACAUGGCUAUAUGUAGGAUUGCAGGAAUCUUCCUUUGGCCUCUGUGUGCCAAUAUGGUGUCAUAGUGGGGGAUAAAAUGAGUGUGUACCCCUAGAUCUGUGAACACACCCAUCAUGUUUUAAACCUCACUCACCCCACCCUCCCAGUAAAUAGGUCGCCAAUUUUAAAACCACACCAGUUUGUCUCGGCAUACCUCAUCCAGUUUUCCUGUGGCUAUAUUCCCUGGACAUGUCAUGUUUGCAUGUUAUGAAAAGUAUGUGCAUGUGCAAAAAAAAGACAUUGUAUAAAGAAUGUAGUGUAUGAAGAUAAACAAUCUGUUCACUGGUUGUAUUUUCUGAAGAUCUUUAAUUAAUGCAAAUGUCUUCGUUUCUGGAAAGUCAAAGAGCUUGAAUAACAUUUCAACUAAAGUAUUGAACUAUAUUUGAAGGUUCUGGUCUGGAGUAACUGGGUCCUUUGCUGCCUGAUAUGUUAUAGGCCUAUGACUGUCAAUCCUACAGUUAUUUCUACCAUUACAUUUUGUAUGAAUAGAAGUCCUUGAAUAAAGAUAUAUGAACAUGAUUGAA